CUUGAAUCAAUGGCUGGAAUAAGGGAACAAGACCAGUACAUGCCAAUAGCAAACGUGAUUCGUAUAAUGCGACGAAUUCUUCCGUCGCAUGCAAAAAUCUCCGACGACGCAAAAGAAACCAUUCAAGAAUGUGUAUCCGAAUACAUAAGCUUCAUAACAUCCGAAGCAAACGAUCGAUGCCAAAGAGAACAAAGAAAAACAGUUACAGCAGAAGAUAUACUAUGGGCAAUGGGGAAACUUGGUUUUGAUGAUUAUGUUCAUCCUUUAACAUUUUACCUUCAACGUUACCGUGAAAGUGAAGGUGAACCUGCUUCUGUUCGACGCACUUCUUCUCUUGCUUUGCCUCCUUCUUUUCCAUUAAUGCAGCAGCAUUCUUCAUCGUUUUCAUCAAUGCCACUUCCUCUAAUUAAUAAUAAUAAUCAUAAUAGCAAUGGUUAUGGUCAUGGUUAUGGUUUUGAUUUUGAUCAAGGGUUUUAUAGAGAUGGUGGUGAUGAUGCUGCUCCUUCUUCUGCUAGUUUUGUACCAAACUUUGAUUGUAAUUUUCUUCAUCUUAAACGUGAUAAUCAUAAUAAUAAUAUGUGAUUGAUGUAUGAGUGCU